AUAAAUUAUGCAAAAUAAAUUGAUCGACAACCGAUUCUGUAUCGAUAUGGAGUGAAAUUAUUGAAAAAUAUCAAUUUUCAUGAGUUUGUUGGCCAAACUCAUGUGGGGUUUUUAAUUAUUUAUUGCAAAUUGAACGAGGAACUAAGGAAACAUUUCCAACUCUGUACAAAUGGGUAAAAAAUAGUAGAGAAAUUAUGUUCUUUUCUCACUAUCGAAUUGAUGGUGUUACUGAAGGUUAAGUGAAUCCUGAAGGAUGUUUCGACUACACUAAUUAGUGAAACCUCAUCAAUAGUGAUUAUUUGAUCGAGAAAUGCCCGCGAGGGAUGAGAUCCCCAGCUUAAUGCCCUUUGGAGACACGGAGCACAGUUGGACCGACGAUCUCCCAGUUUGCAAAGAAUCUGGCGUCGGUCUCUCCACGAAUCAAAUAUACAGGGAGGAUGGCUACAGGCAAGAGGAUCAUCCCUUCGAGGACAGGAGUUUUCACUGUAAAUACGAUGACAGCACAUUUUUGUACGGGAUUUUUGACGGCCACGAGGGCACGAGAGCUGCCAAUUUUACACUACAGAGAAUGGCUGCUGAGAUAUUGCUGGGGCAGUUGAAUGGAAAAACUACUGAUGAGGAAGUCAAAGAAGUCUUGAGACAGGCCUUCAUCGCAGUGGAGCGUGGCUACUUCGACUCAAUUGGGGAGGUUUUAGCCGAACGUACCAGCCUCCAGUUCGACAUACCAGACGGCUUGAACUCCUACGAGGCAUAUCAGAAAUUCCCCGAGGUAGUGGACAAGCUGAACGAACUCAAUGGCGAGCUCUCAGCAGGAACCAGCGGCAUCGUUGCACUGGUGUACAGAAAUCGACUUUAUGUGGCCAAUGUGGGAGACAGUCGAGCACUGUUAUGUAAAACCGAUGAUAAUCAGGUAUUGAGAGUCGUUCAGUUGUCGAUUGACCACGACUUGAGGAAUGAGGAUGAACUCUUGAGAUUGUCACAACUUGGACUAGAUGUCAAGUCGAUUAGACAAGGCUCUCACCUGGGAAAUCAAGAGAACACUCGUUGCCUGGGAAAUUGGCUGGUGAAAGGAGGAUACAGGGAGUUCGAGGAGUUGGCCCCAGCCAUUGCAGAGCCGAUAAUAGCUGAGCCUGAGAUUCUGGGGGGAAUCGAAGUCGAUGAAUCCUGCAGAUUUCUUCUUCUGAUGUCACGAGGGUUGUACAAAGCCCUGGAGGAAGCUACUGGCACUGAUCAGGUCAACCAAGAGUUGGCAUUAAUGGCAGUGGAACAGUUUCGAAUCCAAUCAACAAUAACUGGUGUAUCUCAAGCAGUAGUCGAUAAAAUAGUGAGAAUCCAUCACGACCUGAACAUGAGUAACCCCGAGAGCAGCCAGACGAGUGGCAAACGCGAGGACAUCACUCUGCUAGUUCGAAAUUUUAAUUUCCCCCUGCCCCACGCACUCAAAAGUCCCACGAUAGGACAAGUCCGGUUCAAUCCAAUAGUACAAACUACUGUCGCCAGUGCCCAGGACGAUUACUCCAGUAUCAGCACAGUGGCUGGCAAUGACAACUUCGAUCCAUCGAGCAACGAGACCUCUAGUACUUCGGAGUUAUAUCCACCAGGUGCCAAACCACCGGACAGAAACGCCAGGAUAAAACCUUACGUGGACUUUACUGAGUACUUUGACAAUGUUGAGAGGCGAAAGGAGGGAGGAACUCUACCUGAGGGUAUCGAUUUUUAAUUUGCUGUGAUCUUAGAUCUGAGAAAUACGUAAUUUAUUUUGUUUCUGUGGUAAUCAUGUUUGCAGUAACUUUUGCCGACUCUUUGUUGCAGUCAAAUGUGAUGAGAUGACAACGUAAUUAAUUAUGUGAAAAUAGUGCAGUUAUCGAUGAAAUUAAAAUUAAGCAUUUAAAAUUAAGCUCUUUCAUAAUUGGAAACAUAAAAUGCAUUUCGUUGAAUUGUUUGCGCUUUUCAUCAGACAACUAUUUUAUUUUUCUUUGACUGAUGAGACCCGUUCUUAACUGGUGACAAAAUAAAAAAUAAAUUACCACUUAAUGAUUUCAAAAAAAUUAAA